AUGCCAAUCUUUUGUUUUGUGUUCCUGGCCUUUAGCCUCGACCACGUGUCUGCAGCAACAUGUGGGGACUCAUCGUUCUUCACCCCAAACGAUACCUACGAUACCAACCGUCGUCUCAUUCUCUCAACUCUUGCUUCCAACGUCAGUUCUCAAGGCGGCUUCUACAACGUCUCGGUUGGUGAAGGCCCUGGAAGGAUCUAUGCCUUAGGGAUGUGCAUCCCAGGGGCUGAACCACAGACCUGUUCGGACUGUAUCCAAGGCUCGUCCGAGUAUUUAUCACAAAACUGUCCGAACCAGACCGACUCAUACGACUGGAGCCCCCAGAAGACUCUAUGUCUUGUCCGUUACUCAAACAGCUCGUUUUUCAAUAAGAUUGAUCUUGAGCCCUACUCUGCAGAGUAUUAUACUGGAGACAUCCCUGGGAACGUUACAGAGUUUAACAGCAAAUGGGAAGAUUUGAUGACGCGUAUGAUUGCCGCGGCUUCCUCUUCACGAAUGCAUUAUGCUGCAGAUGUAAUCCCUUUGACAGGUUUCAUUAAUAUGCACGCGCUGAUGCAGUGUAUUCCUGGGAUGUCUUCUGGGGACUGUCAAAAAUGUCUUCUCGAAAAUGUCCGUGCGCAGCAGGAAUGCUGCAGCAAGAACAGAGGAGGUGCCGUUAGGCGCCCGGCCUGCUUUUCCAGGUCUGAUAUUUCUCCGUUCUUCAGUGCUUUCGAUCACAUAAGACCGUCCCCUCCUCCUCAAGCCCCUCAAACCAUGCCUUCCCCAGAUGAUCUGCCCGGUUCGACAAAGAAAGAUGUGAAAACAAUCUCAAGAGGAACUGUCAUCGCGAUUGUCUUAUCAGCAGCCAUAAUCGUGGCACUGCUUGCUCUAGGACUUGUUUUGUGGAGGAAAAGAAAAUCAAACAAAAUAACAAAAUUCAAAAGUUUUGUUGAUGAUGAUAUCACAAACACACAUAUAAUGCAGUUUGAUUUUAAAACACUCAAUGCCGCAACAGAUAACUUUUCGCCCAAGAACAAAAUUGGUCGUGGUGGUUUUGGUGUAGUGUACAAGGGUACAUUAUCAAAUGGAACUAGAAUUGCGGUGAAGAGGCUAUCAGUAAAUUCAGGACAAGGCUUAACAGAGUUCAAGAACGAGGUUACUGUCCUGGCAGGUCUUCAGCAUACAAAUCUUGUAAGGAUUCUUGGGUUUUGUCUGGAAGGAGAAGAGCAGAUACUUGUCUAUGAGUUUCUGCCCAACAAAAGCCUCGACUGUUUCCUCUUCGACCCAGUGAAGCAAGGUCAGCUUAACUGGAGUAAACGGUACGAUAUCAUAGGAGGGAUCACUCGAGGGAUGCUAUAUCUUCAUCACGAAUCAAGGGUUACAAUCAUACACCGUGAUCUCAAAGCAAGCAACAUCCUUCUAGACGAGGGUAUGAAGCCGAAAAUCGCAGAUUUUGGCAUGGCAAGAAUUUUUGGGAAUGAACAAACCCGAGCCAAUACUAGCAAGAUAGCUGGAACCUUCGGUUACAUGGCUCCUGAGUAUGUCAUGCACGGUCGAAUCUCCAUGAAAUCUGAUGUUUAUAGCUUUGGAGUCUUGCUUCUUGAGAUCAUAAGUGGGAAGAUGAAUAUUGGAGUCAACGAAACAGAUGAAUCUGUUGACAGUUUAGUCACACAUGCUUGGAGACUAUGGAGAAAACGUUCACCUUUAGAACUGUUGGAUUCAACUUUUGGGGAGAACUACCAAAGCGAUGACGUUACUCGAUGCAUUCACAUCGGUCUUUUGUGUGUUCAAGAAGAUCCUGCAUAUCGUCCGCCAUUGACUACAAUCAUCUUGAUGCUUACUAAUAGCACAAUGACUCUGCCAGAGCCUCGUCAAACCAGGUUUUUGAUUUCAGAGUAG